AUGAAGUUCACUACAUCCGUCUCUCUCUUCUCCCUCUUCCUCUCCUCCGCUCUCGCGGCCCCGACCCCAGAGAACGAGGCCAGAGCUGCUAUUCCUGUCUCCGUCUCCUACGACCCGCGCUACGACAAUGGCGGUACCUCGAUGAACGACGUCUCCUGCUCCAACGGCGUCAACGGCCUCGUGACCAAGUGGCCUACCUUCGGCAGCGUCCCCGGCUUCGCUCGCAUCGGUGGCGCCCCCACAAUCCCGGGCUGGAACAGCCCCAACUGCGGAAAAUGCUACAAGCUGCAAUAUAACCAAAACACAAUCUACGUUACGGCGAUUGAUGCCGCACCUGGCGGCUUCAACAUUGCAACGAGUGCGAUGAACCAGUUGACGAACGGCAUGGCGGUGGAGUUGGGCAGGGUGCAGGCAACGUAUGAGGAGGCCGAUCCAUCCCACUGUGCCUCUGGUGUAUAG